GCAACGCCUCGCUGCUCCAGGAGUAGAGGUAGCCGCGUACGCAGUUUCCAUGGGGACUGGAGAUGGCGCCGCGAGGUAAACGGUUGUCCUCCACCCCGCUGGAAAUUCUGUUCUUUCUGAAUGGGUGGUAUUAUGCUACCUAUUUCCUGCUGGAACUCUUCAUAUUUCUGUAUAAAGGUCUCCUGCUCCCAUACCCAACAACCAAUCUAGUCCUGGAUGUGGUGAUGCUCUUCAUGUAUCUCGGAAUUGAAGUAAUUCGACUAUUUUUUGGUACAAAGGGAAACCUCUGCCAGCGAAAGAUGCCACUUGGUAUUAGCGUGGCCUUGACCUUCCCGUCCACCAUGAUGGCCUCCUAUUACCUGCUGCUGCAGACCUAUGUGCUCCGCCUGGAAGCCAUCAUGAAUGGCAUCUUGCUCUUCUUCUGUGGCUCAGAGCUCCUGCUUGAGGUGCUCACCCUGACUGCUUUCUCCAGUAUGGACAGGAUGUGAAGUACAAAAACUUCAGCCAGCAGCCUUAACAGGCUGAGACCAUACAUACCUCUGAUACUUCAGCCACACCAGUGAGAAAUGGCAGGCCAAGUUGUCCUGAGAAAGGUGGCAGCUUUUCCUCGGCACAGAGACCUGGGGAACAAACCCAGCAUAAGGCCACUGGGCACCGUCUUCUCAACCAGGACCAUCAGCCCAGGAGACUCUUCUACACUCCAGAAUAGGGAGGGGCAAGGCUGGUGCCUUCCUGGCCCUUCUCGGAACCAGCUCCCUUCUGACCUCAGGUUUUCCUCUUUGAUCAUCGUGGCCAGAGCAUCUUGUGUGGACCUUUCAGGCUCCCUGAGCUUCCAGAAGGACCUGAGCCACAGGCUCCCCGUGUGUGCUGUGCCCCACAUGUCCUGCAGGAACAUGGGGUGCCUCAGGAGGGUGUGCUCCCAGAGCGAUGCAAAAGCCGCUCAUCGCAUUUCUCAGACUGAGCUCCAGAGCUUUUUAAGUAGCUCAUAGUGUUAUUUUUCUACUCUCAUCAUGAAACAAACAUUAUUUUAUAAUAAAUAUGUAUUUUCUAUUGUG